AGAGAGAGAGAGAGAGGGGGAGAGAGAGAGAGAGAGAGAGACCAGUUAGAGAAAGAACAUGCUGUUCAUUUUCUGUCGUCCCUGUAUUUUCCCAGUCUUUUUUUCUCCUUAACUGACCUCUUCUGUCUUUGACCUCUCCAUUGUCUCGCUCUGUCUGUUCAUUCUUCUCAGUCCUUUACUUUCCUGCCUCACUGCCCAUUCAACUGUCCCUGAAAGCAGUGGAUUUGCAUCUGAUAAUGAUGAGAUAUACUGGAGAUAGUACUGGUUAUACUCAGAAUAUUAUUAGUUUUCUGUCACAGACCCCACAUGGGAUCGCAGUAUUGUAUGUACGAUGCAGCUGCACACUCACUUUUUGGUAUUUUUAUUGACUUGUCAUCACUUUGGUAUCUUCUUUAAUCUUUAAUUAUGAUUUAUUGUCUUUAUUUUACUUCUUUUAUCACAUCAUUUUUUUUUAUUACAUCUAAAUUCGUUUUGCACAGUUUUAUUGUCUUGCUAUAUUACAGUACUUUGGUUGUUCCUUCAAAGUCUUCAAAGACACUAAUUAAAUAAAUUGUAUUAUUAGUUUAUCAUCAUCACACAUAGGCUUGGACUGCUGCCCAGUCUGCACUGGUUGCAGAUAGAAGGCCGAGACAGAUUCUCAGAAGAAAGAUUAUCUAGUCCUUCUAGAAACAACACCUCCGCUGUCUGCCACCAUUGAAACAGCAACACACACACACACACACACACGCAUCUUCUUACUUGGAGGCACAUACACAACGGCAGAUAGACAGAUUCCACGCACACAUGUAAACACAAACACACAAGCGCCACGUGUGAAAACACAACCUUCUGUCAGCACACGUUUAGGAACUCAACUCAUGCACACACACACACACACACAACUCCACAGGGAGAUGAUGGAAAGUUCCCUUAAAGUCCCCAUGUUAUAAAACUCACCACAGGGAAAUUGGAUUUCUGUCUGAGGAUUUAUGGUCACCAUGUCUGCAAAAAUAUGCACAUAUGCCACAAACACACUUAUGUAAAGCACAAGCACUUAUUAACUAAAGAGGAAUGAGUUGACACCACCGUACAUCAUUUUUUAAACAGAUCCCACUUGCUCAAUUAAGUCUGUACUUAACAGACUACAAGCCAUGUUUGAGUAUGUGCGUUCAAGCAGGCUACUGGAGUGUGCAGCUGCAUCGUACAUACAGUACUGCGCUCCCUGCAGCAUUUACUGUCUAACGCAUCCUUUGCAAUAUAGGGCACUCCUGUUAAACCUUUGUGCACAACUCGCUCUUUGGCUCUGCCAUGCCUGCUGCACUGCGGUUCAUAGGCAUUUCAUAAGCCAGCCCAGCCUCCAACUGAGGGAUCCAGGGAGGGUUGUGCUCCAACAGAAGGAGUACUACAAUUUGCUAUAGUUUUAAGUGUCAUAGCUUUUCUGAGCGUCUGCGCUCAAAGUCUGCCAUCAUAGAGAGAGGGGAGGUGUGAAAUCGUUUAAAUGCACUCAGUUGUUCACAUGAAAAGUGACAGAAAUAGUGCAAAAUGAGAGCUAGAAAUCAAAGUUCAAACGUUGGAUUGAUUUCUAACAUCAAUAGACAUUGUAAAGGGAGAUUCCGAAGCCAUUUGAACACUCGGCAGGCAGUUCUGAUUCAAUAUAAAACUCUGCACAUAUCCUACAAUCACAUAAUAAUCUAUUUCUCGUGAGCUGGCUUGACUAAAAAAGGGCUAUAUAAUGAAAAGUACAAUGUAUUGUAUUAGUUAGUAAAUUAUUUGUGUUCGGCAGAAGAUUUUGGUAAAACCCCAGAAGACGUGUUUGCUUUAAAGAGACAGAAUCUAACUGGGCGCUCGCUCAACCUCACAAAUAUAGCAGCUCUUUAUCCCAGCAUUUAAAACAUUCUAACAAUUAAGUGUGAUGGUUGUAGUCCUUGAAUUAUUAGUGUUGUUUAGCCUGCGUCUCUGCCUUUUGUCCCUUUAUUCACCCCUUGUAGCUUAGAGAGUUUGCAACCCUACUGUAAGUUGCUGUGGAGUUUUGUGUCUGUUCUAUUGACUAAACAAUACUCAUUCUCUCAGGAAGGCCUCAGGCUGAAAUGUGCCCACAAUGAUAUUAAACAAAAUGAUGAAGCUUUGAUGGUGUGCCAUGUUUUACUUCUUAGAUAACGUUUUUGGUAAACCUGGAACACUAUAGCUGUGGAAACACAAAUGUUUGUAUUUAAGAUAUUGAUAAGCUAAAUGCUACAGCUCUUCCAUGGAUUUGUGUUUCGAAGGGUGUCUUAAAAAAUGUUUCAGCACACUGACAUUGCUGUGUCCUCUCUUCAUGUGUGUGUGUGUCCUGACCUCUUGCCAGGUUGCAGAGCAGCUAAUGACUAUUGCCUAUGAGAGUGGAGUCAACCUGUUUGACACAGCUGAGGUCUACGCAGGCGGCAGGGCCGAAGUCAUUCUAGGAAACAUUAUCAAGAAGAAAUGCUGGAGGCGAUCCAGUAUGGUCAUUACAACUAAACUCUACUGGGGAGGAAAAGCAGAGACGGAAAGAGGACUGUCCAGGAAACACAUUAUUGAAGGUCUAAAAGGCUCUCUACAAAGGCUGCAGUUGGAGUAUGUAGAUGUCGUUUUUGCCAACCGCCCUGACAGCAACACUCCCAUGGAGGAGAUUGUUCGGGCCAUGACUUAUGUGAUCAACCAAGGAAUGGCGAUGUACUGGGGGACGUCUCGGUGGACGGCCAUGGAGAUCAUGGAGGCCUAUUCAGUGGCAAGACAGUUUAAUCUCAUCCCUCCAGUGUGUGAGCAGGCAGAGUAUCAUCUCUUCCAGAGGGAGAAAGUAGAAGUGCAACUGCCUGAACUUUACCACAAGAUAGGAGUUGGAGCGAUGACGUGGUCACCGUUGGCGUGCGGCAUCAUCACAGGGAAAUAUGAAAAUGGCAUUCCUGAAUCUUCCAGGGCUUCCAUGAAGUCCUAUCAAUGGUUGAAGGAGAAAAUAGUAAGUGAGGAUGGAAGGAAGCAGCAGGCCAAGCUGAAAGAGCUCAACCACAUUGCAGAGAAGCUGGGCUGCACUCUGCCUCAGCUGGCUGUUGCGUGGUGUCUUAGAAAUGAGGGAGUGAGCUCAGUUCUUCUGGGAACAUCCAGCCCUGAGCAGCUCACUGAGAACCUCGGGGCCAUACAGGUCCUUCCUAAGAUGACAUCUCAUGUGGUGUCUGAAGUCGACCACAUCUUGGGCAACAGGCCGUACAGUAAGAAGGACUACCGCUCUUAGACCGGGCGGGUGGACUCAGCCUUCCUACUCACCUACCUACUUAAGCAUACUGCUACCAUGGACCCACCGUUCAAUGUUCAAGUCCAUGGUUCUCUCCUUGGGCCCCACUCAGCUCCAGCCCACUUCAGCCUGGAACAGACAGCCUUGCCCUGCACAGAUCGGGUUCAUCUCAGGUCCAGUCCAGCUCAGCCAAGAGAUGCUUAACCAACUCAGCUUUUUGCAGCCUCCAAACGCAGCUUCAACUUCAACGCAAAUCAAAACUUUGUCCCCCCCCCCCCCCAACCAAGGUGUUUUCUUUCAGCGGCGGUCUAUUUAACUGUCUAUGCAGAGCUUAGUCUUACCCGUACCACAUCUCGGUUCAGCUCCAUCCAGGGGUCUCAUUAAAACAUUUAGAAGUCAGAUGGCAAGGCUUGCAGGAACAGCUCUUAAUAGUUUGUGAUACACAUGCACACAUAUUUACACAUUCACAGUUGGGAUUUGAGCAGGACAGUAUGAAAAGCACUGCAGGAAUAUUUCAAGUAAAAGUGCCUUGCUCCAGGGCACCUUGAUAGUAGUUGUUGAGGGAGACGGUAAUGCUACUUAUUCAUACCUUCCUACAAUCCUCCCAGUGACUCAGACCCUCAGGUCUCAAUCCUCCUCUCUAAUGCCCAGACUUCCACCCACAAGCUAUUUCAUUUGAGCACAAAAUUCAUACUGAGCACAUAUUUUAUUCAUGACAAUUGCUGUACCACAAGCUGAACACAUCAAUACAAGCACCUUAGACUUGUGCGUUAAAGGUAGCUUACAACACUGUUGCAUGAACCCCCCCAGUCAGUCAGUGCUUUCAUUUCAUUGCUAUGCAGUGCAGCAAACAAAAUUAACAUAUGAGCUCAAUCAUCUCACCUCUUGUGUCAGAGGCACUCACUCAUAACGUGGGGGGAAAUGUCUUUUUUAUUUAAUGAUAUGUGAGGUUAAGCAGUGACCAUGCUCAUACUUCUUGAAAAGAGCUUCAUGAACGAGGCCUCAGCAAACCAGUUCCCUGUUAGCUUGAAUUAAUCUUAAACUACCUACCAAAUGUACUCAGUCCCUUAUUUAGCAUAACACAGAAUAGUAUUCAGUAGAUAUUAUAGGCUGCAAAUCCUGAGUAUAUUAUCCAACAGGUGCAUGUUUCUCCUGCUCUAGUGUGCCUCUCGUUACUGUUCUACAAAGCACAGAAUGAAACAGAAAGGAGCUUGAUCAAAAAUACUGCAAGCUUGUCAACUGUUUGUGAUCGGCUGUGAAGCAAAGGAUUGUGGAACACCAGUGGGAUCGGGACUCUGUUAGGGGGGGGGGGG